CAAAAUCUUGCCGCCAAAUUACUCAGAGCAAAGAAAGAGUUGAGCUGUAAAGAAAAGCACAAAAUGUCAGAGAUGUCAGGUAUUUCAGAGAAGGAUUGGAAAAGAGCUCUGACCUCCAUCCUGGAAGAGCUGGGUCGUUCACAGUACAGAAAGAUGCUGGAAUUAUUGGAAACAAUCCCCGAAUGUCAGAAGUCUGGCAGUGUAAAGGAAAAGAUGCCUGGAAUAAUCAUUCAGUAUUACGGACUAAAAGAGUCCAUCUCUGCAAUCAAUGAUUUGAUGCAGGACAUACCAAGGAACGACGAGAAAAUCCAGAACCUGCUGCGCCCCUUUGUGGCCAAACUGAAGGAUGAACAGGAGAAAGAGACCCAGGGGAAGAAGAGGAAACGUGAGGAAAAGGAUGAAGUGUUGAAACCUCCGUUUAAAGUCCUGGAUCAACAGGAGAGCUGCACACCUGACAAGGAACCUAACACGGAUGUUUUCCAGUCGAGAAACCGUCCUUGGAAAAAAUCCAUCUGUGAUGUGAAAACCAGCGGAGUUCUUGAGACUGAAGGUAUUUCUGUGAAAGUUGUUCAGAAAUCCGGGCUGCGCACAUAUCAAACCAAAGAGAAAGUGAAAAGGUUUUUCUUUUAUGUGGCAGUCGCUGAUGAGACAGGCACCAUUAAACUGAUGGUUUAUGGAAAAGAUCGUGAUAAAGAAAUCAAGGAGGACAGCUCCUACCUCCUCAGAAAUCUAAUAAAGGAUGACAACGUUUUUAAGGUUACCACAAGGAGCAACGUGUCAGAGACGAAAUCUGUUGACGUCUCAGAGGAGCUCCAGAUGGAAGCUCGGAAACUAAUUUAUCCCGAGAGUCCCAUUUACUCCGUUGAAAACGUCAAACCAUCUGCUGACAAGACAGUAGUGAGUGUCGAAGGAACCGUAACAGAGAUUAAUCCUGUUAAAAAAAUAAAGGUGGAACACAAACGGCAGAAGAUAGAGAGGCAAGAUUUCAAACUAAAAGAUGACACCGAUUCCAUCUGGAUCUGCAUGUGGGAUGAAGGAGCCACCCAGCAAUGUGAAGGAUUAUCGGUUGGAGAUGUCAUUAAGGUUUCCAACCUGAGGACCAAUCUGUACUGCGGAACUACAACGCUGAACUCAACUGGAUUCACCAAAAUUGACACGGUUCAGAGUGUCGGCAUCCAGAACGUCAGAAUUGAGAUUAUGGGAAUCAUGAAGGCCAAUAAGAAGGAGACUCAGCUGGAAGCAGAGGUCAACCAACGCGUGCACACGUUUGUCGCGGCUUCUCGACUUCUGGCGAAGGCGUUUGGCUUCAAGCUGGACGGUGGUUUUAAAGACAGACUCCUCGAUAAAAUACCGCUCUCAGCAGAUGCAGAAAUACAGGGAAAUCAAAUCAAAAAGAUUACAGCUGCUUUAAAGAUGUAGAAUUAUGCAGGAAUACCUGAAGAUGUGCACACAGUAUAUUUUUAUAAAUAUAUUGGAAGGUAUUUUGAGCAUAUUUGAAUAUUUGAAUUACUUCCACAGUGUCUGAAUCAACCUGUCAGCGCUCUCUGGUGGCUUAACUCUGUAAUAGAGAUGGUUUCUAUGGUUCUAAAU